CCUGCGCUCCGCCCCGGCCGGGGCCGCGGAGGCGCUGGGAGUCCCGCCCGCACGGCGCGCACACACACCCGGGGAUACACACACACACACCGGGACACACGGAAACACACACACGGGGCACUGGGACACAGACACAGGCACACGAACGUGCACCCCGCGCCGCAAACAUGGCGCUGGUGCCCUGCCAGGUGCUGCACGCCGCCAUCCUCCUGUCCUAUUGCUCCAUCCUGUGCAAUUACAAGGCCAUAGAUAUGCCCGCGCAUCAGACCUAUGGAGGCAGCUGGAAAUUUCUGACCUUCAUAGACCUGGUUAUCCAGGCUGUCUUCUUUGGGAUUUGCGUCUUGACUGACCUGUCCAGUCUUCUCACUAGAGGGAAUGACAGUCAAGAGCAAGAGAGGCAGCUGAAAAAACUCAUUUCCCUCCGUGACUGGAUGAUGGCUGUUCUAGCUUUCCCUGUGGGAGUGUUUGUUGUGACGAUGUUUUGGAGCAUCUAUAUCUAUGACAGGGAGCUGGUUUACCCAAAGCUACUUGAUAAUUUUAUACCAGCAUGGCUGAAUCACGGAAUGCCUGAAAAAAGUCUGCCUCUUUUUCUCUCCUACUUGGAUAGAAUGCUAGAGCUUACCAAGAAUAUAUUGUACCUUCUCAUAAAUGGGGCACAGCACACAACAGUUUUGCCCUUUGUAUUAAUCGAGAUGAGAACAACACAUCAUCAGUAUCCCAGCAGGAGCUGUGGACUUGCUGCAGUGUGCACCUUCGCUGUUGGCUAUAUUUUAUGGGUGUGCUGGAUUCACCAUGUUACAGGAGUGUGGGUGUACCCACUUCUUGAGCACCUCAGCCCGGGUAUUAAAAUAAUCUUUUUUGCAGCUGUUACUGUAGUAAUUAACGUAUUCUACUUGGUGGGAGAAGUCCUGAACAACUACAUCUGGGAUACACAAAAAUGUGUUGAAGAAGGAAAAGAAAAGCCGAAAUUGGAGUGAACAAUAAAAGGCAACACAGAGGAUUGUUUAUGGCUCCAUGAAAGAUUUCUCAUCCCCAACAGAGCUUGGCCUGGAGAGGAAUCUUUUGGAAAGGAGGAAGUUUCAUGGGUCCACUUUUCAGUGCAAGGAUAUUUUUGGAUUUUAUACGGGGGGGAAAUUAUUUUAGCUAAGAAUAAUAUUAAUGUUUCAACCACCUUCAAUUUCUCCAUGCUUGCAUGUGACAUACACAUAUAGGAUGUAUAUUUAUCUCCAAGGCAUUCUCAACAUGGAUUUCUUGGAUCAAAUAAGUCAUUAAACCAUUAAGUCAUUAGAUCUUUUUACUUCUGCCAAGAAGAAGGAGUCCAUUCUCUGUAUUGUUUGAGAAAAGCUUAACCAGAUAGGUUGAAUACAGGGAAGCAAAGCAAUCCUAUAUAUUUCAAAUUACAGCAUAGAAGUUAAUUGCAUGAAUGUAUCUAAAGAAGAGUUCAUUCUGAUUGAAAUAUUAAUGUAACACUAUGUAACAGUUGCCUUAAAUUUGUUAUGUUAAUAAUUUUACCAGUCCAGUGAAAUCUUACUUUCAGUGUUAAGAUCUUAAGACCUAAAUAAAAAUGAAAUUAUCCUUGCA